GUAAAUCAACAUUUUUAUAUUGGGGAAAAUUAAGCUGUUCUGACUCACAGCAGCUUUCUGGGGUCUCCAGGGUGUUUUCCAGCCAUGCUUUUGUACCAGGGACAUUCUCUUGCAGCAGGUUGUACCACUGAGCUGCCACUUUUGCAUCCCAGUUGUUUUGUGUCCCAGUUCUAAACCAUAAUGUGAAAGUUUGUUCCACUGAAAUCACUGUGAUUUCCAUAUAAUACAUUGUAGGAGUGCAAUGCAAUAUUAUAUGUAGCUCUUCUUGGCAGUUAGACCCUAUUUUUAAAAAAUGCCUGGGACAUGCUUCUUAGCAAAUCUUAGAGAUGCAUAUAUUGGGCAUUUUAAAUUGAAAGCUGUACUGUAAAGCAAGUACUAUAAAAAUUGAGCAUGUUUUUUAAAGGUCUCAGUGGGGGUUCAUAGAAUUAAAGGCCUGCUGUAACAAUUAAGAUCUUGUAAGAAUAAUGGACUCUUCAGUGCAGAAUUUGAGAUUGUUUAGCAGUGGCCACAUUGAAGUCCAUACUGGUUGUUGGCCCCUUUCCAGAUUCAAUUCAGAGUGCUAUUUUUAACUUAUAACAUUCUGGAUGGCCUUGGGGCAGGUUAUCUGAUCAUAAGAUCAUCUUCAGAGGCCCAUGCCAAAGACUCCACAAGGGCCAGUUUGCUUAUGCUGCCUUCUCCAGAGAGUCUGACUUGGCAUCUUUGCAAUGCGUGUUUGGAUGCCAGGUGUAGCCUUUUUGUUCUCGCAGGCAGUGUAAUCUUAAGAGCUUUUAAUUUUACCCUUUUAAUAUUUUUUGAUGCUGCUGGUUUUAUUUGCCUAAUCUUGUAGUUUGUCUGCUUCUGUAUAAUGUUUGAUCCUUCUUUUCAUCUGACAGUAGUAAAUAUUUUACAGACAGCAUUGGUCAUAUACGAUCAUGGGUAACAUAUAAAACUAAUAAGAGCUUUUACUGUGUUGUGUGUGAAGAUGGAUGUAGUAUAAAAACAGGUCUUGCAUUGUGUGCCUGAGCUGAUCUACAGCUGAAAGUACAGAGAUGCACACCAGCAAAUCAAGAACUUGUUCAUUGGCCUUAAGCCUCUCACUCCUACUGACAUGCCUUGGUUGAAGUGGCUGCCUUUUAGUGUGGAUAUUCAUGUGUUUGCCCAUUAGUAGCAUAGAAAAUUGCCUCACACUGAGUCAGACCAUCUAGCCCGGUAGUGUUGACUCUGACUGGCAGUGGCUCCUCAGGUCAGGCAGUAGCUUUUUCGGCUCUUCCAGGAGAUGCUGCGAUCUUCCACAUGCAAGGCAUGUGCUGUACCACUGAGUUAGUAAUUCAUCUCUUGUUGUGGUUACGUUGUCAGUUUUUUAACAUGCAAAACUGUUGCACGGGUUGGGGUGGGAGGAAUUUUGGAGACAUUGGGAAGGGCAGCAAAUCAGUAUAGGAGGCUCAGCUUUAAACAUGCAAACUCCACCCAUCCCUAUUCUUAGAGAAAAGUGGGCAUGAGGGCACUUAGCUGCAGAGAGGAUACUUCUCUGUUUAAAAUACGUUAUGCAUUAUAUAUGAAGUGUCAGUCCUGGUCUUCAUCUAAGGAUGGUUUUCCACCCCCUUGUUUAUUCUUACAACAGCUCUCUGAGGUAGGUUUAGCUGCGAGAGAGGGAAUGAUUGACUCAAGGUCAUACCAAAGAGCGGCCUUGAAGCUGGGUCUUUCACGUCUUAACUCAGUGCUCUAAUCACUAUGCAUUGCUGUUGCCCACGCUUUUGCUCUGUGGGAUGAUAUGCCUGUGGCAACAGAUGGCUGAACACCGGUGAGCAAGCACCUCUCUUUGUUUGUGGUCACUGGUGUCUCCCUCCAGGAAAGGACUCUGAUCAUUGUUCCAAAGUCCUUCUGCACAGCUACCUUGUGAGCUUAGCUUUUGUCUCCCCCUUUCCUUUUCAAAUCCAGUACAGCUUGUUUACCAUACAUGGUAAAUUUGUGGACCUGUCCUGGCUUGUUUUUCUGAACGCCCAUUAUAUGAGUCAUGGUUUUAUUCUUCAUGGGUCAAAAAGGGCAGACAGUGUCUCAAAGUAGAGGUGCUGCUCAAGUAAUAACUUUUCUUCUGUCAUACGCAUUACAUACUAUGUUUUUAUUGCUUGACUUACAUAUGGAGUUAAACAUGCUAUUACUUUGGUAUGACUUAAUCAGACAUUCAUUCUGCAUUGGCCAUGCCCCCCUCCUCCAUUUUUCACCCUCAGCUGCACUUUUGGUUAACAUAACACGGGUGGCAGAACAUAAAUCUGAAUUUACUAGUAGAUCUCUGGGUGAUUUGCAGCAGAGUCACAAGGAUUUCUUACUUCUGAUGGUUUAAUUAUAGGAGGAGCAAAAUGGCAUUCCUCACCUCACUUUCACCUUCCUGAAAUUAUAAGGUUGAAAUGGAGAAUACUUGGGGUAACCAGAAGUAGAUUUGCUUGAGCAAAGACUGUGAGAUCCAUUGACUUCCAUUGCUCAAAACAAAUUCCUGAGUGCAGAUUUAGUUGAGUCUAACAGUAGGUCUUUUGCGCCACUCUCCAGGUGGUUGAUUUCAGGUUUGAGAGAGUGAAAGAAAGAACAAAGCAGAUUGUGCAAGCCCAAAGUCUGUCUACUCUUGCUAUACUAAACAUAUUUCUGUAACAGUUCUAGGUCAGGAUAUGUAAAAAUAAUUUUUCAAUGCCUUGUUACAUUUUCUGAUAUGCAGGUUUUUUCACAUGUAUGCUCAAUAAAGCCUGGAUUGCGGCACCUCUUUCUACUUGUGGGGUUUCUAUGGACAGCUGGCAAUCAAGAGGCAAAACUUGACCAAAAGGUGGCUAAUGAAGAUUAUUGAUGAAAGGGAAAAAAAUCUGGAUGAUAGACCAUAUCGGGAUAUCAGUGAACUUGAGAUGUAUGCAGAAAACACACAGAGUACUCUGCUUUAUCUCGUGCUGGAAACACUUGGUGUGAAGGACAUCCAUGCUGACCAUGCAGCCAGUCACAUUGGGAAGGCUCAAGGCAUUGUAACCUGUUUAAGAGCAACUCCUUUCCAUGCUAGCAGAAGGAAGGUGUUUCUCCCGAUGGACAUAUGUAUGCUGCAUGGUGUUUCUCAAGAAGAUUUCAUACGAUAUAAUCAGGAGAAGAAAGUGAAAAAUGUCAUAUAUGACAUAGCCAGUCAGGCACAUGUCCAUCUGGAACACGCGAGAUCCUUCAGGAAGGAUGUCCCUGUUAAAGCAUUUCCUGCUUUUCUCUGUACAGCUGCUCUUGAGGAUUAUUUAAUUAAAUUACAGAAGGUUGACUUCAAUGUAUUUCAUCCAGUUUUGCAUAGAAGGAGUACUUUACUGCCUUUGCAUUUGUAUAUUAGAUCAUGGAAAAAAACAUAUUAAAGAGUAUUUAACAUGA